UAUACUUGUAUGUGUAUAUAGGUUUUCUCUGAGCCUUUGCUGUACGGAAAUUUGUUGAUUCAAACAAAAGAGACCCUUGAAAACUAUCCUUUCUGUCAUUUUACUUUCUUAGAUAAUGCUGUCGUUUUUAGGGAGAAUUUAUUUUUAUUAAUGAACUUUUUGCGGAGAAUUAAGGGGUAUGAUUUCAGAAUAGUAGAAGAUAAAAAUAGCAAAGAGGGUGAGGUCGAGGUAGAGAGAGAAAACCAGAUUAGUCAAUCAAUUAUGGAAGAGUUUGAGGUCUGACCUUAUUGUUUGUUCAGAGGCCUGCAAGAAUUGGGUUGGAGUUUGAGAUGGACUUUUCUGAGUCCACAAAAGUUCUAUACAGUAGAAUCCAGAAACUAGAGCCUGAAAAUGUCUCUAAGAUUGUUGGGUAUCUCCUGUUGCAAGAUCCCGGUGAGCGCGAGAUGAUCCGGCUGGCCUUUAGCCCUGACAAUUUGAUCCACAGUUUGAUUAACAAAGCUAAAACUGACCUUGGAUUGUCUUCUAAUCAGGCAGUUUCUGCUCCAAUUUCACCUCCUCAGGUGAAGCCAGCACUUUCUGCUGAUCUUCCUUUACAUUUCUCACCAUUUUCACCAUCUUCAUCGCGCUCUUUUUCUUCUCCGGCAACACUUGGGGCUGCUAAUCCCUACUGGGAUCCACAAGUCACUGUUGAUCAGCAAUCAGUCCACAAUUUUGGAUUUGUCCAACCACCUUACUCGGAAUCAGUCGCUGAUGACUAUUGCCUCCAGAACCAACUUCAGUUUCUGUCUUUGGAAGACCAAUUAGACUCGAUUAAUUCAGUUGGUUUGGAUUUCUCUAGCAAUCUCUAUUACCCAGAACCUGCAUUGGGCCCAAGAACCAGUCGCAGGUCUCCGAGCCUGCCUGAAUUCCCUAUUAAGGUUUGCCAUUACUUUAGUAAGGGGUUCUGUAAGCAUGGAAGCAACUGUAGGUAUUUCCAUGGUCAUCUCAUGCCAGAAGGCUUCUCUCGCAUUGUCAAUUUAAGCCCAAGUGAGCUAGCAAAUGAAGAUCAUGUAGUCUCUCCUGGCUCUCUUGAAAAGCUAGAAUUGGAAAUUACUGAGCUUCUGAAAUCAAGGAGAGGGUUUCCUGUUUCCAUUGCAUCUUUGCCAAUGUUGUACUAUGAGAAGUAUGGGAGGACUCUUCAGGCCGAGGGGUACCUCACAGAGAGCCAGAGACAUGGCAAGGCCGGUUACAGUCUGACCAAACUUCUUGCUCGACUGAAGAACAGUAUUCGUCUAAUUGACAGACCUCAUGGGCAGCAUUCAGUAAUUUUGGCAGAAGAUAUACCUAAAUACAUGGAAUACAAUGCUGAAAGAAAUGACCAUGGAGGAAUUGUUGCCGGUUCUCGGCAGAUAUAUCUCACUUUUCCGGCUGAGAGUACUUUCACCGAGCAAGAUGUGUCCAAUUAUUUCAACAAUUUUGGGCCAGUUCAAGAUGUUAGGAUUCCUUGCCAACAGAAGAGGAUGUUUGGGUUUGUGACUUUUCUUUUUGCAGAGACUGUCAAGCAGAUUUUGGCCAAGGGGAAUCCUCAUUUCGUUUGUGGGGCUCGUGUUUUGGUAAAACCCUAUAGGGAAAAGUCAAGGCUUUUUGACAGAAAGUAUGCAGAUAAAAUUCAGCACCCUAUGUACAAUGGUUCACACUUUCUAGAUGCAGAAUCUGAGCUUCACUCAAUGCCUGUAGUUUCUGAGAAUUCAAGAAUUGUCAGGAAGCAGCUCAUGGAAGAACAUGAGCAAGCUCUUGAACUUGAGAGAAGGCGUUUCUCAGAGUUGCAGUUAGUGCCUAAAUCCUUGAAUCAUCACGCAUAUUUUACCCAUUCAAUGGAUGAUGUGAAGCUUUCAGAAGCCCGUGCAGAACAAGCGGAGUUCCCAUCUCCGGAGCGUCUCAAUUACCUUCUGGAUGUUCUGAACAAUGGUUCUACCAGUGAAGACAACAUUAGGCAUAUAAGCACCAAUCACAACGAACAGGACAGUCAAGGACUUAAUCUUCCCGACAGUCCAUUCGCAUCUCCAAUAAGGAGUGGCAUUUCAACAGUCAUAUAGAUUCAGAAAUAGAGAAGAACAAUAGAGGUAGAGAAAUGAAGUUCAAAGACCAUUUCAUGGGUUUGAUACGACACAAACUUUCUCCUUGUUUCACAGUUUUAUCAAUUAAUCUCGAGCGCCAGUCAGCAGUUCAUUGCGUGUUCAUACCUAGUGAAGCAGAAGCAACAGAUGGUUUUUCUUCUCUGUUACUUUAGGGUGGAGGAGAUUGCAAAGAAGAGUGAUACAAAAAUCUAAUUUGUAACAAGUUUCUUAAUUUUAUAUUUUUUUACUAACGUUAAUCACAGAGAGGUCUUUAGAAGGGAAUGUAAUUAUAGUAUGCUUUUAGUUGAAGAAGAAAGGAUCUAGAAAAAUUUGCAGGAUUCAGGGUGAAAGAAAAUGUAGAGAUCUCUGCAAAACUCAGAGACAAAUGCUAAUAAUAGUUCAAAUUAUACAAAGUUACAGUCUUAA